UCACUUCCUGAGGAGCGCUUGCCUCCUACUUUUUGUUGGGACCUGGGAGAGAAAAUUAUCCCGCAGAGGCACCGAGGCGGAAUAAAACAAGGAAAAGGAAGAAAAGAAAACCCGAAGUCACAAAGUGCGGAAAUGUCCGAGGCUUCUGUUUAGCCGACUACGAUGCAGGCGGGCGUCCUUUCACCGUGAAUUCCCGCGAGGAGGUUUUUGUGCGUACAGGUGCCCUUCCUCUCCCCCAGUCAUGUUAAGUUUCCUGCGCAGGACGCUGGGGCGACGCUCCAUCCGGAAACAUGCAGAGAAAGCCCGGCUACGAGAAGCCCAGCGGGCCACAACGCACAUCCCUGCAGCUGGGGAUGCAACGUCUAUCAUCACCUGCCGUGUGUCUCUGCUGGAUGGGACAGAUGUCAGUGUUGACUUACCGAAAAAAGCCAAAGGCGAGGAGCUGUUUGAACAGAUCAUGUACCAUCUGGACAUUGUUGAGAAAGACUACUUUGGAAUACGCUUCAUGGACUCGGCACAAGUUCCACAUUGGCUUGAUGUCACAAAAAGUAUCAAGAAACAAGUGAAAAGUGAGUAUUACAGCCCAGACACAUUGAUCCCUGUGGGAACCUGCAGGCUUGAGCUUCAUGGGUUUCACUAUGAUUCAUUUUUGCAUGUCUGUGUUUUUAGGCUCGAAUGUCCGUUUGACACAGCUGUGGAGUUGGCCGCCUUCUCACUACAGGCUGAGUUGGGCGACUGUGAUCCAUUAGAACACAAUUUGGAUCUCGUGUCAGAGUUUCGCUUCAUGCCUGAGCAGACAGAGGAGAUGGAGCUGGCUAUAUAUAACACAUGGAAGGAGUGCAGAGGUCAGACACCAGCGCAGGCUGAGAUCAACUACCUGAAUAAAGCCAAGUGGCUCGAAAUGUACGGGGUGGACAUGCAUAUGGUGAAGGCUCGAGAUGGUAACGAGUACAGCCUGGGCCUGACACCCACUGGAGUUCUGGUGUUUGAAGGACAAACUAAGAUCGGCCUUUUCUUCUGGCCCAAGAUCACUCGUCUGGAUUUCAAGAAGAGCAAACUGACGCUUGUGGUCGUGGAGGAUGAUGAUCAGGGUAAAGAGCAGGAGCACACCUUUGUCUUCAGGAUGGACCACCCCAAGGCCUGUAAGCAUCUCUGGAAGUGCGCUGUGGAGCACCACGCUUUCUUUAGGCUGAGAGGACCUGUGGAGAAGAACUCUGCACGCUCUGGAUUCAUACGCAUGGGCUCACGCUUCAGAUACAGCGGCAAGACCGAAUACCAGACAACAAAGGCCAGCAAAGCAAGGCGCUCGGCAUCAUUUGAGAGGAGACCGAGCAGACGCUACUCGAGAAGAACCAUGCACAGCAGAGGACCGUUCAACCCACCAGAGGCUCUUUCCUCAGGCAACGGAGUCAAUUUCAGCAAAGACAGAAAGGUGACCCCCGGCAGGAGUGCAUGGGCAGCCAUGCCUGUGGUCAGCCCGGUCGCUGCUUCUGCCUGUGGACAGAUGGAGAUCGAGGCUCUGCCCAGGAGUCCCGGGGGAGAAAAAAGAAGUUUGCCAGUGGUUGCUGACCUAAUGGAGACGUGCAUCGACGAUGUCCUCAGAGCUCCUGUUGUCCCUGCAGUCACAGCUAUCGAGGAGCCCGUACAAGCCGCUGCCUAUGCCGGUGCUAGCGUCCCUGCAGAAGAUGCGCUGAGUCUCGCUGAAGCAGCAGCUCGUCUGAAGCAGCUGGAGUUGGAGAGCAGUCCGCUUCUCGCUGCGCCGAGAAAUAACAUGAACGUCAACGUGGCCAUGAACAACCAGGACGAUGUGGUGAAGCUCACAGAGAAGUGCGGGCUGAACAGUGCGGGCAGCAGUCCAUGUGUGACUCCGCUGCGCACCCCGGAGGAUCUGAAGAGUAACAUCCUGAAGGCUCAAGCCGAGGCGGCCGCUCUCAAGGGGGCUUUGGAGGAACACGCUGUGAUGCUCGGAGAUAAAAACUGUAACCUGCAGGAGGCUUCUGCGAGGUUGAAGGUGCGUUCUGGGCGAAUGGGCAGUAACUCGUCUCUUUGUGUUAGCAGCCGCCCUGACGUCCAGGACACCUGGGACCUGCUGAAGCCACCAUCCUCCCUGGUCUCAUCUGCAGGCGCCAGCGCUGAGAGGUUGGCUGAAGAUUUAAAACCUUCUGUUUCCAAAAAGUGCUCCGAGUCGACCAGUGAAGCCCCGGCACCAAAGGUUAAAACAGAGGAGGUCGACCUGCAAAGCGCCGCCCCACUUUCUGACAACCUUAUUGACUUCACUGAUCCAACUCCUGUGCUCCCACCGGUGCAGCCGACCAAACCUCUCAUCACACCGCGCUGGAUCGUCCCCACAACCGCUCCUCCCGGCGCCUUUACUAACGGCCUGCUCGACCUUGAUCCCCCACCUAAGGUCAACCCUCUUCUCCCUUCAGAUGGGGGAGCAUCCCUCACCUCAGCCCUCCCUCACCUCACUCACACACGUAACGCCGUCUCCACCAGCACUGUGGCUCAGCCGCCAGCCUCAGAAGAUGGAGCCAAACCCAGAGGUCUCUUGACCACUGAGCUCUGAUGAAGAAACGAGCGGCCGCCAUCACGCUCUUCAUCUUCCCGCCUGGUUUCCCGCUUCACCCACCCGCACGCAGGCCGUCUGAAAACGCAAAAGAAGAGGCAGCUUGAAAAACCGCCGCGACCACAACCGUAGCUACACAGAUCAGCAAUAUGAAGUACUUUUUUUUUUUAAUGAUCUCAUGGCGUCGAGUUUAGUCUUUGUAAAAUGGUGUAUACAAACAUUUUAGCCUCAGUAUUAAGAAAACCUUAUUUUUAAUCUCCUGUUUGUGCACCACGUUAGUAACCUGCCUUUACCGAGUCCAUCCAGUCACCCAAAGCGCUGUCGGCAGCAUCACUGCCUGCUUUGAGACUCUGGUGGAAGGUCUCGCCCUGGUUCUGAGUUUAAGCACCGGCAGUGCAAACCGCUGGAUCUCUGAGCUUUCCUCUGUGUGAAGCUGCUGAACGACACUGGAUGAUGGACGGACGAGAUAUAAGCUUGAAGUGUUCGAAUAUAAGAGAUCACGCAGUGCAGCGCGUUUAAACCCGCUAACACUACAUGAUGUAGCCACUGGAUCUGGAAACGUCACUGGAUUAACUUCAAACACUGGACCUUCAGCUGAUUUAUAUUUUUUUCCCACAUUUGAUGAUGAUGAUGAUGAUUUUAGUUUUUCAGCUGAUUUUUUUUUUAUGUUCCUGCUCUUUGUAGCUGUUGAUGCUUUUAAAUGCCCCCACCACCACCAUCGUGAGGACUUCCUGUUUUGAUUCUGAUCACAUCUUAUAAUGUAAAUUUUAAUCCACACUUUUACCCCACUCUCAUUCCUGC